ACGCAGAGAAAAUCCAGUCGGCAACAGAAACGAGCCYGCGAGGCCCAGCUCAAGGCCCGCAAGCAGCAGGAGAUCGCCUUCCAGAACGAGGCCAAGGCUCUGGACGAGGAAAUGAGGUCCCUGAACCAGGAGAUCAGGGCCCUGCACCACCAGAAGAGAGCCAUCAACAUGGAGGAAGAGGCCCUGGUGAAGGAGGGCAUGGCGCUGGGGAAGGAGGAAGAGGCCCUGUGGAAGGAGGAGCGGGCCCUGCGGAAGGAGAACAAGGCUCUGAGAGAAGAGCACAGCGCCCUUCAGGAGGAGGAGAGAGCCCUGCAGGAGGAGGCCCUACUCCUCCAGGCGUGGUACAGCUUUCUUCAGGAAAGGGAGCUCAAGAGCACAACAAUGAAGUAG